AUGUACUACAGCAGCGGCAACUACGAGGCUUUUGCUCGACCGCGCAAACCGGCCCGGGUGGACGACAAGACAGCCUGGUUCGUCGGGUCGGGCCUGGCGGCGUUGGCCGGGGCGGCGUUUCUGGUGCGAGACGCGCAGAUGGCGGGCGACAAGAUCACCAUCCUCGAGGAGCUCGACCUGCCGGGCGGCGCGCUCGACGGGCUCGAGGUGCCGGAGAAAGGGUUUGUGAUCCGCGGGGGCCGCGAGAUGGAGGACCACUUCGAGUGUCUGUGGGAUCUGUUUCGGUCGAUCCCGUCGCUCGAGGUGCCCGGGGCCUCGGUGCUGGACGAGUUCUACUGGCUCAACAAGGACGACCCCAACUUCUCGCUGCAGCGCGCCACCGUCAAACAGGGCCAGGACGCCCAUACCGACGGCAAGUUCGGGCUGACGGGGCCGGCGCAGAAAGACAUCGUCCGCAUCUUCCUCGCCACGCGCGAAGAGAUGGAGGGCAAGCGCAUCAACGAGGUGGUCGGCCAGGACUUCCUGCAAAGCAACUUCUGGAUGUACUGGCGCACCAUGUUCGCGUUCCAGGAGUGGCAUUCGGCGCUGGAGAUGAAGCUCUACUUGCAUCGCUUCAUCCACCACAUUGGCGGCCUGCCCGACUUCUCGGCCCUCAAGUUUACCAAAUACAACCAGUAUGAGUCGCUUGUGCUGCCGCUGUACAAGUGGCUGCUCGACCAGGGCGUCAAGUUCCAGUACAAGACCGAGGUGGUGGACGUGGACUUUUCCAUCGCCGAUGGCCACAAGCAAGCCACCCACAUCCACUGGGUGCGCGACGGCCAGCAAGGGGGCGUCGACCUGGGCCGGGACGACCUGCUGUUCAUGACCAUCGGCUCGUUGACGGAGAACUCGGACCUGGGCGACCACCACACGCCGGCGAAGCUGAAAGACGGGCCGGCCCCGGCGUGGGAUCUGUGGCGGCGGAUCGCGGCCAAGGACCCGGCGUUCGGCAGGCCCGACGUGUUCGGCGCGCACAUCGCAGAGUCCAAGUGGCAGUCGGCGACGGUGACGACGCUGGACGGGCGCAUUCCCGCCUACCUGCAGAAGAUCAGCCAGCGAGACCCGUUCAGCGGCAAGGUGGUGACGGGCGGCAUCGUGACCGCCCGGGACUCGAGCUGGCUGCUCAGCUGGACCGUCAACCGCCAACCGCACUUCAAGAAGCAGCCGCGCGACCAGAUCGUGGUGUGGGUGUACUCGCUCCUGGUCGACGUGCCGGGCGACUAUGUCAAGAAAGCCAUGCAGGACUGCACGGGCGAGGAAAUCACCCAGGAGUGGCUGUACCACCUCGGCGUGCCGAGCGACCACAUCGCCGAGUUGGCCGCCACCGGCGCGCGCUGCGUGCCCGUCAUGAUGCCGUACGUGACGAGCUUCUUCAUGCCGCGCCACGCAGCCGACCGCCCGGCCGUGGUGCCCGACGGCGCCGUCAACUUCGCCUUCAUCGGCCAGUUCGCCGAAACUAAGUCGGGCCGCGACACCAUCUUCACCACCGAGUAUUCCGUGCGCACCCCGAUGGAGGCCGUCUACCAGCUGCUGGCCGUCGACCGCGGCGUCCCCGAAGUCUUUGCCUCGACCUACGACCUCCGCAAGCUCCUCGCCGCCACGGGCCGCCUUCGCGACGGCCGAGAACUCGACGCCGCCCUGCCUGACUUCCUCCGCCGCUGGAUCCUGCACAAACUCGACCACAACGAAGUUGGGGAGUUGCUGCAUCAGUAUCAUCUGAUCUAG